UGCUGGAAAUGUUGAAGAAGGAGUCUAAAAACUCUGAUCAUGCUGCGCGCCAUUCCUUCAUCCUGAUCAUCCUCAGUCAUGGCACCAAUGAUGCCGUUUAUGGAACAGACAUGAAAAAGUUGUCUAUUCCUGCUAUAACUGAUCUUUUCAAUGGGAAGAACUGCCCUUUCCUUGUAGACAAGCCAAAAUUGUUCUUCAUUCAGGCCUGUCAAGGAAAAAAUUUUGACAAAGGCUCAGGGGACACGAAGGCAGAUGGUGACCUUGCUGAGUACUUCAGUAGGCUGGAAAUGGCAGGGAGACCAAAAGAGAGAACAGACAGCAGUGAUGUCUCAGUUCCAACAAUGGCGGACAUAUUGGUUGCUAUGGCAACCACGCCAGAUUAUGUAUCCUGGCGCAACGAGUCCUUGGGUACAUGGUUUAUCAUAGCUCUUGUUUAUGCAAUCAGUAAAUACGCCCAUAAAGAUGAUAUUUCUCAAAUACUCACCAAGGUAAACAACUUGGUAAGCAAAGGAGAGACUGCGAGGGAAAAAUUUCGUCAAGUUUCACAAUGGAGGAGUUCACUCCGAAAAGGCUUCUAUUUUUUCCCUGGUUUACAUCAGAGCUAAGACCAGGAGGUGCUGCCCUCUUCUGGACAUACUGCAAGAUGAUGUACUGUUACAAACAGUCUACAGGUGGCAGUGUGAUAAUUCUAAUUCUUCUCAGGACAAAUUCAAGCAGCAAUGUGUGACACCAUCAUGUGUAGUCCCUGAGUUGUGCUAUUAAAGCCUAAAUUGAGCAAAUUUUAUCAUAUCGUAGCUGUUUCAUGCCACAAAAUAUUGACUCUCUGACGCAUGCCAUUUUGUGGAAUAUUUGCAUAUGUUUUACAUCACUUUUUUACUGUUCACUUCUUUCCACGUUAAAUGGUAUUAAAGCAUAAAAUAGCAAAAAUAGUGGUUCAUGUUAGAAUAUAUAAAAUAUUACACAAAAUGGAUCAUUGAUAUUGCCUGCGAAAGUCACUUUUUUUGAGGAGUGACACAUAUGAUAAUAAAAACUCAUUCAUUAAUGGUAGCAACAUCCUGUGGAUGUCCUUGAAGUAAAGCUGUGUUGUGCCUAUAGGUACUGGGAAAUUAAAUAACCAGAGGAG